UCUACAAAACCCUAAAACCAUCAACGAAAUGGCAGACCUCAGAAGAUGAGGAAACGCUCCUUCCGGAGGAAAUCCUCCGGGACGAGGGACGACGACGACGACGAUUUGACGAUCUUCCCCGAAGAACUGUUGAUCGAGAUCCUGAAGAGACUCCCCGUCAAGUCCCUCUGCCGUUUCAUUUGCGUCUGCACUCGCUGGCGCUCCCUCAUAUCCGACCCUCGCUUCGUCGACACCCAUUUGGCUCACUCCGCGACUCGCCCGAAGCUCCUCGUCAGUUUCCCCGACCCACAUGCCGACCACCACCGAGGUGGCCUGCGGCUCUUCUCCGCCGACCAAUCUGAGCCUCGGAACGGUCAGCCCCAGAUCGCUAGACCUCACUUCUUGCUCCGCGCCUGGACUGGCCCUUACGUUUCGCAGUCUCACGACGGCCUGAUCUGCCUAGAAGUCGACGGUCUUGUCAACAUCUGCAAUCCCAGCACUGGGAAGCAUGCGGCUUUCGGAUUGCCCGGAACAAGGGCGCGUUCUGCUCCUUGGUCGUAUUUUGAACAGACGCACUCUUUCGGGUACGAUCCUGUCGAGAGGAAGCACAAGGUUUUGAGCACGCGGGUGAUUAGCAAGGGAAGGCUCGAUCGCACGGACAUCCUGGAGCCGCGGGUGCUCACCUUGGGGACGAAGAGGUGGAGGCGGGUCGAGGGCUGUGCGCCCCAUUAUAAGAAGGAUCACGAGUUCUGCUUCGGUGGGGUGGUCUAUUACACCGCUUGGAGUAGCUCGCGUGACUGCAGCGGGGACAUGUACCUGGUGGCGUUCGACGUUAGGACGGAGAGCUUUCGCAUGAUCACGGUUCCCGCCAGAGCCCGCGAAUUCAGACACAAAGGGCUCCUCAUCGAAUUCGAGGGGUGCCUAGCGAUAGUGGAUUGCUACACUGCUCUGUCUUGUGCCGAGUUUUAUAUGUGGAUCCUGGAGGACUUCGACCGGGAGAUCUGGAAGAAGAGAGUUUUCGUCUUGCCCGCGUGUUGGAAGGAGAUUGUUGGGGACCGUCGAGUUUUUCCGGCGGGUAUGGUACGUUCCGGCAAACUACUGUUCGCACCUCAAACCUUAUCGAGGCCUGUGUGCGUGUUUUACUACAAUCUGAAGACCAACGGCUUUAGGCGGAGUGAAAUUUGCGGGUUGCCUGAGCAUGAUUUGUCUCUGUCUCCUGGAUAUUGUCUUUUGACUUUUUCUGAUUAUGUGGAGAGUUUACUGCCGCCGGGAGGUCUUUCGAGUAGAAACUAGCCAGCCGACUAUACUAUUUCUUAUGGCCUGAAGUUCAAAUGGUUGAUGGAUUGGUUCUGGAGUCUGCGCUCAAACUGUGUAAUGGCAAAUUGUUUUGGAGUUGGAAGAUGAACUGUUUUAAGAA